AGGAAACUGAAUUUACAGAGUUGGUAAGGAAUUGAUUGUGACAGUUUUUAUUAAAAUAUUUAUUAUCAUAAUUUCCGGUAAUGUGAAAUAAACGGGAAAAUGGUUGAAAACUGAUUAACAGUUGUUAUGGAUUUUAACCAGACAUUGAGCCAUCAUCUUCAGGUCCUUUUGAAGGGCAAGCGCAUUCAUGUAUUGCUGAAGAGUGGGAGGAGAGGAUCCCUUUGAAAUGAACUGAUCGCAAUGGAAACAUUUGAUGACAACCUUUUACUCAUUCCAGUGCUUGUUAUCCCCAAUGUAAACAUUUGCUGUUAUCUGGUGAUUUUUUUCAUAUUUUGUUUAUUUAUUGAAAAAUAUUUGCUCUUUUGGUGCUGCUUUUUCCCCUUUCAUCAUGUGGAGAUGACAUUACUGGCUUUUUAUUUCAUUUCAUUCAACCAACCAUCAUUACCAUUAAUCAUUGAAUCAAUAGAAGUCUUUCCUUCAUGAAGUUCAUUUUAAUUCUCUUAUUUUACCAACUGACCAGCCGAGUAUUACUGUAAAUAGGCAAUAAACAACAUUGUUCAAGGUAUUCAACAAUAUGGAUUAUUAUAAAGCCAUCUUGAUGCCAACCAUUGUUAUUUGGUCUUCGAUUGCUUUGGUUUACUCCAAGUCUUCUGCUGUUGGUUCACAGGAAAACAAGAAUCUGGCUAAUGUAACAAUCAAUUCCACAUCUUUACCAUCAACAUCAUCAACCAUUGUCUCACCAUAUUCUGUCCAAAUAGAAUCUAAAAUUUCUAAAAACACUGAUCAGCUUCCAUUACCAUCUUCAUCAUCGUCUCCAAUAGCAUUAUCGCCAUCAUCUUCAAUAACAUUUUUGACAUCUUCAAUGCCACCAAUAAUCAACAACACUAAAGGUUCUCCCAAAUCAUCUGAAAUUUACGAUUUCAGUUCCACACUCAAUUCAACACUAGAUUCAAGUCUUUCCAAUAUCGAUGAUAGUGUAACACUAGUCAAUCUCAAUACAGUUACCAGUACAUCAAAUGUUUCCAGUUAUGUGAGUCAAUUGCCGCCAAAUCAUAAUCAACUUUACGAACAACCUCAACCACAAUCACAAUCAAAUCAGCUAAGCUUCCUGUCAAUAGAGUUCAUUGCUAUCUCAUGCUCUGGAUUAUUGAUUUUAACCAUCAUAACUGUAGCCAGUGUUUAUGGAUGCAUCAAAGUAUACCACAAACGUUAUCCUGUUAGAAUCGGAUUUGGCCGUAAAUUUUCAACCUUUGAAAAUCCAAUUUACACACAAAAAUCAUCAUCUUCCUGUGAAAUCGAUAGCUCCAGGGAAAACCAAGCAGGACCUACAGGAAAUGAAGCAUAAUACCAACUGAUCAUAAUACCAUUAAUUAAUACAAGUCUAAUCAAAUGAUUUAUUUCAACACUUUUGCCAUAAUUGUCCAAUUCUCAAUGAUCUCACCAUUUAACCGAUACACUAAAUUAUCGAUCAUAACCGUCUUCAAUUUACAUAUGGUUUGCACUUAGGCUCACUUUAUGCCAUCGAUUUAAAGGAGAAACUCAAAAUGGUAUUCGCCGAAGUUAAUAAACCAAAGCCUUUGACAGUAAAUUAACGAGUUAGUUUACUCUCGAAAUGUUGUAAAAGGUUAAUUGUUUUAAAUUUGUCCAAAAUCGGAGAGAUAUUUGUACAUCAGCCAAUCCACUAGCUGGACUAUUCUAACCGAUCCAUUGAUUUAACUUAUUUAAUUGUCACUAAUUGUCAAUUUUUGUUUUCUAAGUCUUCCUGUAAAAUAAACACUAAACACUCACCACUUUUGGCGAUUUUUAAU